UCCAGGGCCCCGUUUCAUCAAAAUUUGCGAUGCGAUAUUAUCGCCGAUCGCCGAUUGCUGAUCUUUUACCUGCGAUUGCGAUAUUUUUUAAAAAGCGUUUCAUCAAACAUAUCGCAGAUUCUUGCCGGUAGUUUGCCGGUAGUUUAGUGCUAUGAGCGAUAAUCGCUCACAGUCUACUAUCAAAAUGACGUAAAAAACGGGCACCUGCUGAAUCUCGCGCCACCUGUCAUAUUUGACAGACGAUCAAACAACAACAAUGGCAGAUCUCGUAGAGAAUAGGAGCGCCUCUUGGCAGCCAAGAGAACUCGAGGAACUGCUCGAGGGCGUCAAACAAAAUUAUGAAGUGUUGUGGGGCAAAUUGUCCGGCACAUUAUCAAAGAAAGACAAAGACCGUGCAUGGUCGGACAUCGUCCAAUCAAUAAAUUCCGUAGGGGGGAACGAGAGGAACGUAGAAGAUUCAAUGAAAAAGUGGUGUGAUUGGAAGAGCCGGACCAUUAUGAAGGAUGCCAAGAGAAGACGCUUUGUGGAAAGCUCUGGGGAGGCAGCUCUUCCAAAAAAAAUGCAAUUAACUGUUUUGGAGGAUAAGCUAUUGUCCUUAGUGCCCAAAACAAAGCUGUUCGGAGUGCAAGGUGGAGGGAUCGAUACCGGUCCACUCAAGAGAUCCAUGCAAGAAAAUGAUAACCUAGACAAAGGAGAGGAAAAUAAACGCCUCAAGCAGAACGGUAUGUCAUUGUUAUCUAUUAAAGUUAUAAGAUUUGUAAAAACAAAUAUCACUUACCUUUAAUUGACUGUUGACUGAGUCUUCAUAAUAAAAUA